CUUGUUGUCUCUGCUUCAUUGUGAAAUCGUCUCUCGAGAGAAAUAGUAGUCCGUGUCUCUGUGAAAAUAUUCGAAAAAUUAAAUUUUCAAUUUUUUCUUUUCGUCACGCUCUGAUCAACAAGAAGUAAAAUGGCUCGUACCAAGCAGACAGCUCGUAAAUCAACUGGAGGUAAAGCUCCUCGCAAGCAGCUGGCUACCAAGGCUGCCCGUAAGUCGGCGCCAUCUAGCGGUGGAGUUAAGAAGCCCCAUCGUUAUCGUCCUGGUACCGUCGCUCUUCGUGAGAUCCGUCGUUACCAGAAGUCCACUGAGUUGCUUAUCCGCAAGCUGCCCUUCCAGCGUUUGGUGCGUGAAAUCGCCCAGGAUUUCAAGACCGAUUUGCGUUUCCAGUCGGCUGCCAUUGGCGCCCUGCAGGAAGCAUCUGAGGCCUAUUUGGUUGGCUUGUUUGAGGACACCAACUUGUGCGCCAUUCACGCCAAGCGUGUGACCAUUAUGCCCAAGGAUAUUCAGUUGGCGCGUCGCAUUCGUGGCGAGCGUGCUUAAGAAGGAGGAGGUUAUAUCGUUAAAACACAAACAAACACAACAAUUACAACCACAACACACAAAACAAAUCACAUUCUUCAUAUAUUACAUCAAUUCUUGUGCUUACAACAAGUUUGUCGCAAGGUUCGAAAAGCACAACAUCAAAAUGAAGCGGAAAACCACAACAUCAACAAUUUAACAAUAUUUGUCAAUUUAAGCUUGAUUUCAUUAUAACUUUCGCCAGCGUUAUGUGUAACAUUCAUAUGUCUAAAUAUAUACCUAAAUGUAUUUCCGACUAUAUAAUGUAGUCAUAUGUAGUAAUGCAGUUGUAAAACAGAUAAUUUGUUAUAUAAAUGCAUCACUGUAUAUAUGCUGAAUAUAUUUGUGUGUAUAUCCAGAUCAUAUAGGUUUAUAAAAAAGCGCGCAUGCGAAGGCAAAAACAACAUAAUCUAUAUAUGAAUAUUAUAAUUAAUAACUGUAAUUCUUAUCAUUAUUAUUAUUAUUGCUAUUAUAAAUAUGUAUAUUAGUUCAUAAGUUUGUGUGCCGCCCGCUACUCGCCUUGCAUUUUGAAUAACGUGCCACGUGCAACGAGUUGCAAUUAGAAGAGUUGCGCUCUAAACUGUAUGCGGCACAAUGGUCAAACAAGCAUCCGAAUGAAGCCACUGUGUGGCAGCACAGACCGCCAAGUGACGUGCAACGCAAACAAAAUUUGGAUUCACGUUUGCUUGCCACAAGACGCGACGCCAACAGCGGGCGGCCAGGCUGAUCAGACAACAACAUCUCCGUCCAAAUUGGCCAACAAACAGCGAAAAAAAAACAUCAGAAAUGAGUACACAUAAAAAGCGAAAAAGAAGAAAGCUGCAUCUAUAUAUAUCUAUAUAUAUUAUUAUUAUUUUUACUAUUAUUACAUCUUUUUUUUCCACUUAAUCUAACAUAAUUUUUGAGUAAACACACACACAACUUAACAUAUAAUACUAAAAAUAGAUAUAUAAAUGUAACGAAAGAAGAUAUGAAGAAGAAAAAAAACCAUUUGGAUUGGGCCCA